AUCAGUUCCAUGAGCAGGGAAACAAACUAGUUUUUUUCUAAAAUAAAAGAAGUGCACUUAAAUUGGAAUUUCUGCUUUCCUUGUAGAUUAUCCAUUUAAGAUGAAGAGUUUAUUUAUCUUCCUUUUGUCUGUCCAUUUCUCUGUUUCUAAUUACUAUUAUAGAACAGGGUCAGAUAGCUCAAGUGAUGAAUCUGGGAUGUUACUCACCUACAGGCAACCAUACUAUGCAUACAGACAAAGACCACAAAACUAUCAUCCUCUAAAUUACUUGAUAUGGCUCCGUUAUUGGCAGCACUUGCUUAACAGAAUGAAAACUACAACUGCAGCAACCAGACCUGUUACUAUAGCAACAUCCACAACUAAAACCACAAUCCCUAGAGGAGACAGUAUUAUUCAGGCCACAUCCACAGCAAAAAACAUACCUAUCACACAACAAAGAGGAGAUAACAACAUUAAGGAUGAUACACAAUUUGAGGGGAAAACCGAAGUCCCAACUGACUGGUGGGAUGAAGGUAACUUUGUGGAUGGUCAUGUGGUAACACAAACAGAAGAGAGGAAUGAAGUGCCUGAAUCUUGGGAGCAUCCUACUCUUGAUGGCCAGGCUGUAACUCAAAGUCAAAUACCAACUGCAGAAUUUACAAAGAAAGGUGGUGGUAAUGGUGCAGUUAAAGUAGACCCUACAACCACGAUGCCAGUGGACCAAUGUCUUGAUUUCACUCUUACACCCGGGAGAGCUCUUGUAAGACCUACUGCUAAAAGGACUCUAGAAGUCACAGAUGAUAACUAUGCUGAAGUCAAAUUUUCCAGAAGCAAAUACAUUCCUAACAACUUUUUUGACGAAAGUAGAAAACGAUAUUUGCAUAAAUUCUCCAUUGUGUUGCCAAAGGAUGAAUCAACGAGCAAAGACAUCUUCAUCCUGCGUCACAAGCGAGAAGCUGUUAAGCCAUUUCGUUCAGAUUCAAACAGAAGGGACAUAUUGAGCAGAAAUGGGGAUCUAAUACAAUUGCUUAAAACCACAGAAUCCUUGGAGAUUUCAAACAUUAAAGUGGAUCAAGACUAUAAAGAGGCUGGUAACCCACGAGAGGAAGAUGAUGCUGGGGAUUAUCGGGAACAAAAUUUUAAUGAUAAUAACGAGUAUCAAGUGGAUGAGUAUAUAGACUCCUGUGAAAACUACCACUGCCCACGUGGAAAGGUGUGCAAUGUCAAUACAGAGAUUAAGCUAAGGUGUGUUUGCCAGGAUCCCACCACAUGUCCUUCAAGCAUCGGCAAAUCUGACAUGGUAUGUGGCACAGACAACAAAACAUAUGAAAAUUCCUGUCAUCUCUUCGCAGCAAAGUGUACUUUUAAAGACGUUUCUCCGGGACAGAGCCUUCAUCUGGAUUAUACUGGAGCCUGCAAAUACAUUGCACCAUGUCUAGAUAAUGAGUUGUCUCAGUUCUCUCUUCUUAUUCGGAAUUGGCUGAAAGAUGUUCUGGUGCAUCAGUAUGAAUACGAUCUAAAGAAACCAGGAUUAUUGACAAAGAAACAGAGAAUAAUUGUUAAGAAAAUCUACAACCUUCAGGCACAAAUAAAAGCUAGUGUCUAUGGUCCUGGUCGGCAAAGCAACAACUUUGAGAUGAACUACCUCAUGAACAUAUAUCCAGUUCACUGGCAGUUUGGUCAGCUUGAUCGAAAGCCAGCUGAUGGGUACCUGAGUCACUCUGAGCUUGCUCCUCUCCGGGCUUCAAUAAUUCCCAUGGAUCACUGCAAAUCUCGUUUCUUUAAACAGUGUGACUCCAGCCGAGACAAGAGAGUCUCCCUCAAAGAGUGGUGUUCCUGUUUUGGCAUAAAAAACAAUGGGAUUGAUCUUUUUUAAUACUACACCCAGUGCAGGAUUGUACACCCCAGUGACGAUGUACUUUGGUCUGAAGACAUUGACAGCUUUGCUUAUAAAAUACACCAAGUUAUGUAAACUUGCGGAUUGCAAACUGUUUUCCUCCAAUAUUUAUACAAACCACUAGCACAAUGUAUAUGUAAUAGUAGCACCUGAGAUCACUUUAUAUUGGGACAAUUUCUAUACAGCCCUGAUUCUACACCCACAAGACAAAUAUACAAUAGAGGUGCACUGGCAGACCAAGCUGUAGAAACAUAUGUUGACAGUAAUAAUGUGUGCAUUCCUUCUAGGAAUAUCAACUAUGAUCUAGAUUCAGAGGGCAAUGCCUUUAGAAAUUCACUAGCUUUUUUAUGUGUGGAUACUUAUCGGCUCUAAUAUUUAAUUGUUUAUUUUGGCAACAGUAUUGGCUAGUGUCUAUAUACCUUAGUCUGCCAUGUACAACUAUUAGUUUAUACAUUAUUUUUCUGAGGGUACCCAUCAUUAACACUGUUAAUAUCUUUAAAACAUACCUGGGGUAGGUUUCAUUUUAGGCUCUUUAUUGUCUGUUUACUGAAAAUAACAGGUUAUCAUUUUAAGUGUUAUAUAUUGGGAUGACACACACUACAAACGCCCUCGUAAAGCUGUACCUAGAUUUCAAUUAAACACUUGUGAUUUGCUUCCUAGACUUGAGUGGUAUCAAAGCAUUUUUGAUGACUAUAAGGAGAAUUACAUUAAUCACGGGUAUAUUUCAACAUUUAUAACAAUACCUUAAUUAGACAGCUUCAGCACAGAACAGACAGCAAGAACAUACUUGUGGUUUGAAAACAAAAGCAAUGUGCUUGUGUCUAGACGAAGGUUUGUUAACAAAUGUAAUCAGGAAGAAGCACCUUCCUCCAGUCCAGUGGAUCAUCUGGGGAGGAUUGUUUGUCAAAUGUCUAUUUUAAAGGAUGACUGAAAGUUUGUUACAUGUAUAGCAACAUUCUUGCAGUGUAAACAAUUCAAAUUUAAGUCAAUGGCAGGUUUAUGCCUGUCAAGACUGCAACUUGUCAUACUGUUGCUAGGUACUAUUUAAACUGUAAAAAAGGGGGCAUAUUUUACAAAUAUGAUGAUUUUGAGUACAUUUACAGAACUGUUUUGUCAUUUUGUAAACUGUAACUGCUUUGAGCUAUAACUACAGUACAAGCUGCACAAUAGAGCUACAAAACAAGCCACCUAUAGCUUGAAUAAGCAAACCCCUAUAUAAAACCUCUGCGUCACAACUCAAGUCAUCGCUAUGCAUCCCAGGGAAUGUAGUUCAGAAGCUGAUGUCAAGUCACAGACAACUCCCAUUCAUCAGCAAACACCUCAAAAGCACGGAGCAACCGAAUCAUUGACAUUAAGAAGUCAUAUCCCCACAUAUCGCAAUAGUAACGGCUUCAUCCCGCACUCUGAAUUUCAGUGAAAUAAAUAAUACAAAAAAUAAUACAGUACAAAUUCAAUAAAUCAUGAACAACAUUCACCUGCCAUACUUUCUCGGUGCAUUCUGACAACAUGGCUUGAAUGGGAGCAAGUGCUUGCUGUAUUUUGAUUCGAAGGGUAGCGAUCUUGUCUCGUCUAAUAAUCCUUGACGAUCCUUCUUAUCACUGAGCUGUAGCCAGGCCCUGCAGGGCUCUCUCCUGUAUCGGCGUUUGACCCGGCAACAAGGGUAGUUGGAUCAGCAGCCAUUAACUUUUUGCGUGAUGGUUUCGAAGGCAUUGCAAAGUAAA